AUGGGCUUUAUGCUUGUCUGCGAGGAUAUGUUUCGCAGCGUCGUUUUCGCACGAGACAGAUGGCUUGCAGAAGGUGGGCAGAUGCUGCCGCGGCGCUGCCAACUCUUUGCUGCUCCUUUCAGCCAUAUGGAGCUGGUGGAGCGCCAGACAGGUUUUUGGGGUUCCAAACCCUACGGCGUCGACCUCUCAGUGCUGGCCUUUCCUGCUUUGGACCAGCACCUUUGUCGUCCGGUCAUUGGCAGUUUGACUCAGCAGCAACUUCUGAGUGACGGCGACCUAUUGUUGGGACCUGAGAACCAUUGCGACCAGUGGCCGCUCGUGAUGCUGUUCGCCAGCGAGACUGCCACUUUACUGCUGUCGUACAGCACCAGGGCCACUUUCAUGGCAUCGCUGUCUGGUUUGAUUGUGAGCUGCUUGCGGGGCUUCACUUCACGACUGGACCACAGGGUGACCCUACUCACUGGGAACAGACAUUGCUGUUCUUGGAUCCUGCCAGUGAACUGA